AUGAUGAUGAGCAAACUGCUGUGCUUGGCCUGGUUCGGCGGGCUGGUCCGCUCGGCAGCGGUUCCCGAACCUGACGGUUACCUCGAGCCGAUACCUGAACACCUCUCACCCAUCCAGUUCGGCAACGGAGCUUUGGCACGCGGCGUCAAAGCCAGGCCUGCCAACAUCGACUUGGACGUGUGGAGAAAUGGCACGGCAGAUCUGCAGUGGUACGGCGAAAUCACCGCUGGUACCCCUCCGCAGAAGUUUAAACUCAUCUUCGACACCGGCGCUUCCAUCAUGCUCGUGGGACAAAAGAACUGCACCACCUGCGGCGACCACGCUCUCUUCGACCCAUCCAACUCCAGCACUUUCUCACCGCAGCCCAACCGCACCCUGCUCAUCACCUUCGGCCAAGGCGCCGGAACCGUCUCGUCUCCCGAGGUGCAAGGCGCCAACUGCACCGUCGUGACCGACACCAUACGAAUGGCCGGCCUCGCGCCCGGAGGCGACAACCCCACCAGCGAGUUCGCGAUAUACUCGACCUACUCGCCUGGUCUGCGCGACCAGCCGCUGGAUGGGCUAUUCGGGCUGAGCUCAACGCCGACUUCCUUCUGGAACGAGACCGAGGGCGAGUUCACUCCCAUCUACUGGGGGCUGGUAAAGACUGGCCAAAUCCCAGGACCAGAGUUCAGCUUUUCUUUCACGCCCAGCAAGAAGCCCUCCGGCGUCCUCACCCUCGGCGGCACCGACCGCACCCUCUACCUCCCCAACACCCUCCGCAAAAUCCCCCUCAACUGGGAACUCUCCUCCUCCCGCUGGCGGUGGGUCGUCGACGUCCUAGGCGCCCGCGUCAGCACCACCAACCCCCCAACCACCUCCCCACCGGACGACGCGUCCGCCCCGGGCUGGUCCCCCCCGCUCAACGGCUCCCUCGACGCCGUCACCCUCGUCGACACAGGCGGCGCCUCCAUCACCACCCCGGACCGCGAGACCACCGCCGCCAUCUACGCACUCAUGUCCCCCACCAUCCAACCGCUCGAUAACUUCGGUUCCUGGGGCGCGCCCUGCGAUUUACUGGAGCGUGUCGCACGCGACGUGCUUUUUACCGCGGGCAACGCCACGCACAAGGUCGAUGCGGUCGUGCGGAGGGAGUAUGUGAAUGUGGGGGAGUACCCGGGGAAGCCGGGGGUUUGUCAGGGGGUGUUUACGGACCCUGGGAGGGUGGCGAGGGAGCCGGUGCGGGGGAGGCCGGCGUGGAUUUUUGGGACGCCGUGGUUGAGGUCGUAUUAUACGGUUUGGAAUGGGGUGGAGGGGACAUCGGGUUUGCUACGCCGGUGGGCCUGGAUAGGGAUUAAGGGGAGGACAUACCACUAG